CGGUCAUUGGUCCCAAAGUCCAGCCGUCCCCUGAUCGGCGCGACAAAUUAUCUUCCAGUUGGGGAGAUUGUGUUCCCAAGGAAAUAGGGAGCCUCUGAAGCCGGAAGGAUCGUGAGAGAAAAAAAAUCUUGACUGCCACAUAUCGGCCAGGUGAACGAAGGACACUCCGCCUGCAUUGCGGGAACCCCACGAGAGACGGUGCGAAUCUCAGGAACGCCUCACCUCAACCCUCAGUCAGGAUAGUUUCAUACGAUAGAAUCCCGGCUGCUUUCGAUUCCCAGCUGCUGACCCUUAUUCGCUACACACCGCAGCACCACAUGUGUUUGACAACAGCGGCCCUGCAGAUGGUCAUUUCGAUCGGCUUUCACCAUGGCCACCACUGAGGUCCUAGGCUUUUUCGACGGCUGGCAUGGACACUUUAAGCAUGGCUCUCCAGCACACAUCCGUCCGACGAGAGCAAUUGGGUGGCAUGGGCGGUCGAAUCACCGCUGUGACGCCGCCGUCUUGAAGAUAAGACUGGGCCUCGUUGCUGAAACCUGGGUCGCGCUGUGCGCCAGUCUCGAGGAACCCCCCCGGCCUCUAUUACGCCGCCAUCUCGGCCUGCCCGAUUCCUCUCGCCCUUGUGGUCACUCCCAGUCAUGCGAAGAGGACCUCGAUUCGCUGUCCACGGACUUACACGACCCAACCAAUAGCGGUGCGUGCGCUCAGAGACACCAGCCUUGCUCAGACGAGGCCCCGGCCGCUACCACUGCGCAUAUUCCGUCUGGUUCCGGCCGCGGAUGCCAAAGGGACGCCCUUCUCACCGACCCGACAACAUGCUUUCGGAUCGACUUUGCGAGUGAGGAAACCUUCCGAACCCAUGCCAAGGGAAAGAAGAAGAAGAACAAUGCCGCGAAAGCCAACAACAGCAACAGCAACAGCAACGGCAAUAACAGCAACGGCAAUGCUGACGACGGCGCUGGGAAGGACGGUGGAGAGGACGCUGGGGAAGCAAACAACGGCGACGGCGCCGGUGAUGCACCAAGUGGAGAUGCUGGCGGCAACGGAGGUGACGGGGGUGAUGACAAAAAGGAGGAUGACAAGAAGGUCGACGACAAAAAGGAAGAAGAGGUGGUAGAAACCAAGAAAGAGGAAGAGAAAAAGGAGAGUAAGGAGCCGGGCGAUGAAGACCCUCUCGAUGCCUGGGGGUUCACCUCGGCCAGUGCCGGCAAGGAGAAGAAGAAGAAGAAAGGAAAGGGUGGCACUGCUGCUGACCCUCCCACCCCGCCAGAGGAGAAGAAGCCAGAGAAGGCUGACUUCGGGUUGCCUGCUGCGAAAACGGGAUCGGGGGCUUUCGAGACAUUUGACGAUAUCAAGUUGGAUGAAAAACCGUCUGUCAGCGCUCAGCCUAGCCCCGCUGAGAGCAAACCGUCGUUUGGAGGCUGGGGUGUCUUGACCAAGGGUAUUGUCAGCAAGGGUGUUUCGAGCUGGGGGUUCUCUUCGCUCGUAAAGACGUUCGUGGAGGAGGAGAAGAAGCCCCCCGUCGAGGACGACCCAUGGGGUCUGAGUAACGGUAAGUCUACGAAUGGGAGGAACUCAACAGACCAGAAUGCGCCCCAGGAGAAGCUUGGCGAGAAGGCGCCGAAGGACGACAGCAAGGGCAAAGAUGCUGACUUUGGCCUCUCGGUUGGUACGACAAAAGAUAAGAAGAAGAAGAAGGGCGGGAUCUGGGGAUUGGAUGACGAACCGGAACCGGCAGCGGACCUUCCGGCCGCUCCUGAACCACCAGCAGCAGCCGCACCACCACCGGAGGUUGACCUGUUCACCCUGACGACCAAAAAGGGUAAAAAGAAAAAGGGAGCCUUGGCUGCUGCUGAAGAACCCAAGGUUGAGGAGCCUCCCAAACCAGCCGAGCCGGAGCCGAAAGCCGGAGACGACCCCUGGGACUUCUGGGGCGCUAAGAAGAAAAAAACGAAAGGUACUACCGAAGAGCCGAAACCCGAGGAGAAGGUUGUGGAACCGGAACCAGAGCCGGAGCCGGAGCCCCCUGCCGAUCCGGAGCCGGCCACAGCUAGCGGCGCGGACGACCCGUGGGGCUGGGGUGCUCCUGCAAGCAAAAAGAACAAGAAGAAAAAAGGUAAGAACGACGUAGCUGAAUCCCCGAAGGACGUGGAGCCGACACCAGAGCCUGCGCCGGAACCUGUGGCCGCUCCAACAAAGAAGAUUGAAGACGACUUCUGGGGCAACUUCGGUAGCAGUAAAAGUAAAAGGAAGGAAAAGACCGAAGACUCGCCUUCUCCGGUGACGGAGGAGCCCAAAGUUGAAGAAGCUCCGGUGGAGGAUAGCUUCGCUUGGGGACCCGCGACUACCAAGAAGGGUAAGAAGAAAAAGGGGAAGAACGCGGUCGCCGAGCCCGAGCCUGUCAAAGAACCGGAGCCGGUAGUGGAACCGGAACCGGAACCGGAACCGGAGCAGAAGCCGGAGCCCGAUCCCGAGCCAGAGCCAGAGCCAGAGCCAGAGCCAGAGGAGAAGAACGAUAGCAUCUGGGGUUUCAGCCUGUCAAAGAAGGAUAAGAAGAAGGGAAAGGGCAAGACUAAGGAGCCGGAGCCGGAUCCCCCGAAGGAACCGGAACCGGAGCCCCAGCCCGAGCCCGAGCCUGAACCGGAACCAGAGAAGAAAGAAGAGGAUAUUUGGGGUUUCGGUCUCAGCAAGAAGGACAAGAAGAAGAAGAAGAAGAGCGGGGAACCUGCCAAGGAACCUGAUCCGCAACCCGCACCCGCACCAGAACCGGAGCCGGAACCAGAGCCCGAGCCGGAGCAAGAGCCAGAACCAGCACCCGAACGCGAACCGAAGAAUUAUGAGAAUCCCUGGGGGGACGAUGACCCCUGGGGCUUUAGCACCACCAAGAAAGACAAGAAAAGGAAGGGCAAGAAGAAUCAGCCAGAACCCGAACCGGAACCGAUCGUGGAACCAGAACCAGAGCCGGAGGUUCAGCCUGAAACUAAUGAGGAUGAGAACCCCUGGGACUUGCCCAGUUCGAAGGACAAGAAAAAGAAGAAGAAGAAGGGGGUCGUGGAUGAGGCGCCACCACAAGAGGACCAGCCACCCAGCGAAGGAAACGACAAGGAGCUUAUUAGUCUCGAGAAGCCUGCGGAUUUGGACAACGUCGACUUUUUCAGUUCCUGGAGCAUCGGCGACACUAAACCGGAGGACAACCCGGACCUAGAUGCCGAGCAGGAAGAGGAGCGCAAGGCACAGGAAGCGGAGGAGCAAGCUAAGCGGGAGGCCGAAAAACAGGCGGCGAGAGACGCCGAAAAUGCCGAGGCCGAGAAGGAGGAGAAGGAACUGGCUGCGCUGAAGGCAAAGAAGGCAAAGAAGCCCAAGAAAUUUCCGAGGAGCGACCAAGAGAAGCUUGACCGGCUGGAAGCGAGCGUCAGGAGGCGAGCCGACGAGAAAGCCGCACGCGAGGCAGAGGAAGCAGAACAAGAGCGACAGCGGAAGGAGGAAGAGGAGCUUGCCGCCCGAGAGGCCGAAGAGACGACCGCCCGCGAGGCGGAGGAAGCUGCCGAACGGGAGAGGCAGGAGGCAGAGGCGGCAGAGGCAGCGGCGGCGGCAGCGGCAGAACUGGAGCCGGAGUCGGAGCCAGAACCAGAGCCGCAGCCGGAACCAGAACCGGAACCAGUGCCAGUGCCAGUAGUGUCUUUAAAGAAGUCCAAGAAAAGCAAGAGAGGAAGAGAAGGAGAGGGAGAGGGAGAGGGAAAAGGAAACGAACACCUUUGAUGACGAUGACGACUUCAAAGACGUUAAUCUCACAGCCGAGCAAAUCGAGGAGUUGCUGGCCGACGAGCCUAAAGCGGAAGAGGAGAAGGCGCCAGCCGAGGAGGAGCCCGCGGCUGACAGCGCCUUCAGCUUCUGGGGGACCGCCAAGAAGUCGACAUCCAAGAAGUCCAAGC